AUGGCAGCCAACCAAGUUCACGACCAACCAUCACCCUUAAAUGAAGUCAAAUCAUUAGAUGUUGAGCAACAAACUAAAAACGAUGAAUUAGACUACACCAAAAGGGGACAAUGGCUAAGAGCUGCCAUCUUGGGUGCAAAUGAUGGGUUGCUUUCCACUGCAUCCCUUAUGAUUGGAGUUGGAGCUGUCCGAACAGAUAUUAAAACCAUGAUCCUUUCUGGGGUUGCUGGGUUGGUUGCCGGAGCAUGUAGUAUGGCCAUCGGAGAGCUCGUCUCUGUUUACUCACAAUACGACAUUGAAAUGGCACAAAUGAAGAGAGAUGGUAGCCCUGAUAACAUGGGAGUGGAGGAACGAAAUGCUGAGAAGGAAAAAUUGCCAAACCCUUGGCAUGCAGCUGGAGCAUCAGCACUUUCAUUUGCCGUGGGAGCAUUAGUACCGCUAUUGGGGGCAGCGUUUAUAAAGGACUAUGCAGUGAGGGUGGGAGUGGUAAUUGGGGUUGUGAGUUUUGCCUUGUUAGGGUUUGGAGGGCUAGGUGCUUUUCUAGGGAAGGCACCUAUUGUGAAGUCCUCCUUAAGGGUUUUGAUCGGAGGUUGGUUUGCUAUGGGAGUUACUUAUGGCUUAACCAAACUUGUUGGUAAGUCUGGACUGUAA